CUUUUUACUUUAACAUGUUAGCAGCAGUGCGAGUGCAAGUUGCAAAAGCUUCAAAUUCAUUGUGCUGUAUGGGUGUUCUUGUUUAAAGUAGAACAAUACAACAAAAAAAAAGAAAUAUUUAAUUUACAUUGCACAAAAUACCUUUUCUAUGAUUUAAUAAUAAACAUCCAUCAGCUGGUCUUGUGGUGAUGUUGAAACAAAAAUUCAAAGUGUAACAUCAACAAAUCAAAAUAAAAAAAUUAUUGUAAAGUGAAAAGAGAAAAAAAAAACGUUGACCUUGACGAAAAACGAAUACAAAAUUAUUAAAAACGGUCCAAGUUGAAUUUAAUUUUAAAUAAAAAUAAAAGGGGAAUCGCAAUCGUGACUAUUCGCUUUGGCUCUGCUGUCUGCGCUCACAUGGACGAAUAUUUAGUGAGUAGUUGUUGAAUUGAUGUAAAAAAAUAUUGGACGAAAAUAUUAAAUAAUUAAGUUUUAGAAUGCCAUCUUUGUUAGAAGCUUUGGAGCGGAAGUAUGGUUUGGCGGAGGACAUCGACGUUGAGGAAUCGGUAGUGCCCAUAUAUGUCCCAAAGUUGCCACCGUUGUUGUGCGUUCCCGAAUUAUUAGUUCUAAAUGAUUGUGAUAUCGACUGUGCUGGUGAUACUGAGGCCCUUAAAGAAAAAUGCCGAGCAGUAAAAGAACUCGAUUUGGCACAAAACAAUCUGAGAGAUUGGGAUGAAAUAUUCAGAAUCUUAAAACACAUGCCAAAGAUUGAGUUUCUUAAUCUUAGUAAGAAUCGCUUUUAUGGACCCGUAACAUUCACACCUACCCCUGCUCCAGCUAUGAGCGGUCUCAAAAGUGUUGUAUUAAAUGGAACUUGCUUAAAUUGGAGUGGUAUUGAUAUGCUAUUAAAAUGUCUGCCAGUGCUUGAAGAAUUGCACCUUAGUUUAAAUGAUUAUCAGAAUGUUCUCAUUGAUACAAUUGAUGAGAAUGAAGAAAUAGAGAACCGAAAAAGAGACAACGAAGAGAAUAAUGCCAUUACAACGGAAACACCACCAAUUGCCAUAAAAGACUAUGCCGAUACAACACAGACAGCAAAUGCCGAAUAUUCAAAUUUAAUAACCAGUACAGCCGCAGAUAAUAAUAAAAGUCCAGAGGCUACUUCAUCAGAAGGUACUACAUAUAAAAAAGUUCCCGCUCAUAAUGGUGUUAAAAAACUUCAUUUCACUGGAAAUCCUGUAGAAGAUUGGAGAGAAAUAUGUCGUUUGGGACGUGUAUUUCCAAAUCUGGAAACAUUGGUGCUAGCAGAAUGUCCAUUGAGAUCAAUUGAGCCAAUUUCACCGACAGAUUCUGUUAAAGUUGUUGCUGAUGAUAUGAACAACAGAGAAUCGCCUCAUAAAUAUUUUUCAAAUUUAGCGAUUUUAAAUUUGAGUAGUACUAAAAUCAACACAUGGGAAGAUAUAGAUAGACUUGCAAAGUUUCCUAGUUUAAGGAAUCUACGUGUGCAGAAUUGGCCUUUAUGGGAAAAAUGUGAAGCCACAGAGCAUGAAAGAAGGCAGCUAUUAAUUGCCAGAUUACCUUUUCUUCAAACCUUAAAUGGCGGUGGAACUAUAACUGCUGACGAAAGAGAAGAUGCCGAACGAGCAUUCAUUCGCUACUACAUGGAACACCCUGAGAGUGAUAUACCACUGCGAUAUAACGAACUAAUUGCCAAACAUGGAAAAUUAGAUCGUCUUGUAAAUGUAGAUUUAAAGCCUGAAAAAAGGGUAAAAGUAAACUUUACCUUUGGAAAUUAUUCAGAGACGCGAUUAGUCGAUGUUUACAGGAGUGUUGUCGAUCUUAAAUCUCGUUUGGAAAAAAUCGUAAAACUUCCAGCAAAAGACAUGAGGCUGUUUUAUAUUGACCAGGACUUAAAGGAAUUACAAGGACCAGAAGAAAUGAAAUUUCCUAAUAAACAACUGUACAGCUACAACAUCAGAUCUGGUGACGAAAUUCUCAUAGUCCAGAAAAAUUGUUAACAAAUCAUAUUUAUAUAUAAAUAUAUAUUUUAUAACACUA